AUGUCAGACGAAACAAUUGUGUAUAAGAAUGAUCAGGCAAUUAAAAUUGAACCACCAGAAUAUUCAGCAGAAGACAUUGAAAGCAAAAAUGAUGAUGAAUUUCAUGAUCUCGAUGCUAUCGUUAAAUCUGAAUCGUGUUCUGAGGAUAAUGAUACAUGUUUGGAAAGAUUUAUGAACUCCGAGGUGACAAUUGAAGAUGAAGUCAAGCAGGAGUCUUUUGAUUGUGACAUUUGUAAUCAAUCAUUCGCAGAUUCCCAUCUUCUAACAAAACACAUGGUUGAUCACAAGCCUAGUCAUAGCAAUGAACGCCCUUACGAAUGUGAAAUCUGUCAAAAGACUUUCAAAGAUACACGUGUUUUGAAAAAUCACAUGACCAUUCACACUGGUGAGCGUCCACAUAAAUGCAGUGAAUGCAAUAAGACAUUCAUUAACUUAAGCCAUCUGAAACGUCACAUGUUCACCCAUAGUGGUGAGCGUCCCUAUGAGUGCAAUCUAUGCAAGAAGACGUUCACACAAAAAUCUAAUCUGAGAACUCACAUCCUCAUUCAUAGUGGUGAGCAUCUUCAUAAGUGCAAUCUAUGCAAGAAGACGUUCACACAAAAAUCUAAUCUGAGAACUCACAUCCUCAUUCAUAGUGGUGAGCGUCUCCAUAAGUGCAAUAUAUGCUAUAAGACAUUCAGAAAUUCAAGUAAUAUGAAAGUACACAUGUUGAUACACAAAGGAGUACGUCCGCAUGGGUGCAGUAUAUGCAAGAUGACAUUUACACAAUCAGCUAGUCUGAAACAACACAUGGUUAGUCACAGUGAUGAGCGACCCUAUGAAUGCAGUAUAUGCAAUAAGACAUUCGCAAGCUCAAAUUAUAUGAGGCAACACGUGGCAAUUCAUAGCGGUGAGCAACCUCAUAAAUGUGUAAUAUGCAAUAAGACAUUCACACAUUUAAGUGGUCUGAAAAAUCACAUGCUGAUACACAAUGAAGCACGUCUUCAUGAAUGCAAUGUAUGCAAUAAGACGUUCAAACAUCUAACUACUCUGAACAGGCACAUGAUCAUUCACAGUGGUGAGCGCCCCCAUAAAUGCAAUAUUUGUAAUAAGGCAUUCUCACUUCCAGACUAUCUGAAGAAUCACAUGGUCACUCACAGUGGUGAGCGACCACAUGAGUGUAAUAUAUGCAAGAAGACCUUUACAAAAUCAGGUAAUCUGAAAAAACACAUGCUGCUACACAAAGGAGAGCGCCCCUUUGAAUGCAACAUAUGCAAGAGGACAUUCACCCAAUUAAGUAACAUGAAGGUUCACAUGCCGGUACACGAAGAGAUACGUCCCCAUGCAUGCAAUAUAUGCAAUAAGACAUUCACACAGUUAAAUCAUGUAAAAAUUCACAUGCUGAAACAUGAAGGGGUACGACCUCAUAAAUGCAAUAUAUGCAAUAAAGCAUUCACACAAUCAACUAAUCUGAAACAACACAUGCUCAUUCACAGCGAUGAGCGCCCCCACGAAUGCACUAUUUGUAACAAGACAUUCAGACAUCCGAGUAAUUUGAAGAAACACAUGCUAAUUCAUAAUGGAGAGCGUCCUUACAAAUGUGAAAUAUGCAAUAAAGCAUUUACACAAUCAAUCCAUUUGAAGACACACAUGGCACAUCAUAAGCGGAAGAGUGAAGAAAAACAAUGA